CCCACUUUUCUAGCUCUGCAAGCUAAAUAGACUAAACAGACUCAUGAGUCCUUAGAAAACUCCUUUAUUUUCUAUUUGUUUUGUAAAUCACUUUCAGGUAAUCAUGGCCAAAGCUGCAGCUCUGAAGAAAAAGAGGAGGAAGGAUUUUAUACCUUAUUUUCUGGGGUUUGUCAUUUUUUUGUAUGCAACAGUUCACCUGGUUUCAUGGACAGCUAAAAGCUCUCAGGAGACGGGGCCUGUGAGGGUGCGCAGGGCCCUGGAGAAUGAAACGGAGUGCAUCUCGACACAAGCCUCAGAGUUUCCCGAAGGCUUCUUCACCGUCCAGGAGAGGAAGGACGGGGGGCUGGUCAUCUAUUUUAUGCUCAUUUUUUACAUGUUUUUGGCCGUUUCAAUCAUCUGCGACGAUUACUUUCUGCCAUCCCUCGAAGUGAUAAGUGAACGUCUCGGACUUUCUCAGGAUGUGGCAGGAGCAACCUUCAUGGCAGCUGGGAGUUCUGCACCCGAGCUGGUCACCGCCUUUCUGGGUGUUUUCGUUACUAAGGGGGACAUCGGGGUCAGCACCAUUGUAGGUUCAGCUGUCUACAACCUGCUGGGAAUCUGUGCUGCCUGUGGACUCCUGGCCUCCAUGGUGGGGCGCCUCACCUGCUGGCCUCUGUUCAGGGACUGCCUGGCAUACGGAAUCAGCGUCUCCGCUGUUAUUGGCAUAAUCACUGAUAACAAGGUGUACUGGUACGAGGCGGCCUGCCUGCUGCUGGUCUACGGCGUGUACGUGGUGGUCCUGUGCUUCGACCUGCGCAUCAGCGAGUUCGUCCUGAGGAAGCUGAGCCCCUGCUGCACGUGCCUGGCGUCCGGCGCCGGCGAGAAGCUGGAGACGCAGCCCCUGAUUGGCUGGCACGACGACACCGGCCUGCGGGUCCGCGUCCGCUCCAGGACGGACAGCGGCAUCUUCCAGGACGACUCCGGGUACUCCCACCUCUCCCUCAGCCUGCACGGCCUCAACGAGAUCCCAGAAGAGCACAAAAGUGUGUUUUCGGUCCCGGAGAGCGACCUGAAGAGGAUCCUCUGGGUCCUGUCUCUGCCGGUCAUCACUCUGCUUUUCAUGACCAUCCCCGACUGCAGGAGAAGGUUCUGGAAGUCGUGGUUCAUGAUAACCUUCCUCAUGUCCGCCGUCUGGAUCUCAGCCUUCACCUACGUGCUGGUCUGGAUGGUCACCGUGGUCGGUGAGACUCUGGGCAUACCUGAUACAGUGAUGGGGCUCACCUUACUGGCUGCUGGGACCAGUAUACCCGACACCGUGGCCAGUGUGAUGGUGGCCCGAGAGGGGAAAGCCGACAUGGCCAUGUCCAACAUUGUGGGCUCCAACGUCUUCGACAUGCUGUGCCUGGGCCUGCCCUGGUUCAUCAAGACCGCCUUUGUGGACACCAACAACCCCGUGGAGGUCAACAGCACCGGCCUGCUCUUCAUCUCCUCCACGCUCCUCCUCUCAAUCGUCUUCCUCUUCGUGUCGGUGCACGUCAACGGGUGGAAGCUGGACUGGAAGUUGGGGCUCGUCUGUCUCUUUUGCUACAUCCUCUUCGCCACGUUGUCCAUCCUGUAUGAGCUGGGGAUCAUUGGGAAUAAUCCCAUAAGGUUUUGCAGUGACUGA